CCCAAAAAACCAUAACCGUCGAAUCAAGCACACAUUUUUACCAAGAUCCCAUAAAAACCCAAUAAUCCAAAAGCAAAAUUGGUGGCUGAAAUCAAGUAAACCGUGAACCCUUUUCGUAGAUAGAACUUAGAAGGCAAAAUCGCUUUCUUGUGUUUUUGUGGGGUUUAUAAAGGGAGGAAAGAUAGGAGUCUGCGUGUCAAAACCAGCUGCCGCAGCAGCAGCAGCCCGGGAGGAGGUAGUGGUGAGGAGAGUAUCGCCACCGCCACAACCACCGGCGCCGGCAGCGGCAGCGGCAGUAGCGGCAAAGGGACAUUCUGGGCUGUUGAGUAAUUCGAAAUCGGGACAUCCAGUGCUGUUGAGUUCGAAAUCGGGGCAGUUAGUGGGUGAUUCGAAGAGGAUGAAGGGGCUUUUCAAGUCAAAGCCGAGGACUCCUGUCGAUAUAGUUAGACAGACUCGCGAUCUUUUAAUCUAUGCUGAUCAGAGUUCAGCUUCUUUAUCAGAUUCAAAACGAGAAGAGAAGAUGGCAGAGUUAGCUAAAAAUAUCAGGGAGUUAAAGUCAAUUCUUUAUGGCAAUAGUGAGUCUGAACCGGUGUCAGAAGCGUGUGCACAAUUGACUCAGGAGUUUUUCAGAGAAAACACACUUCGUCUUUUGAUCUUCUGUCUAUCCCAAUUGAACUUAGAGGCCAGAAAAGAUGCCACUCAGGUUGUUGCAAAUCUACAAAGGCAACAAGUUAAUUCAAGGUUGAUUGCAUCAGACUACCUGGAGAAAAAUACAGAUCUUUUGGAUACUUUGAUAGCAGGUUAUGAAAACACAGAUAUGGCUUUGCACUAUGGUGUAAUGUUGAGGGAGUGCAUACGUCACCAGACUGUUGCCAGAUAUGUCCUGGAAUCACCAAAUGUCAAGAAAUUCUUUGAUUAUAUACAACUUCCAUAUUUUGACAUUUCUGCAGAUGCUGCUGCAACUUUCAAGGUGGAUUUAGUUACUGAGACUGACAAGGCUUGUGAGGAUCUUAUUUUUAAUUAUCUCAAACAGCAGCACCCCUCACAUAAGUUCAUUGGGGAAGAAACUACUGCUGCCUGUGGUAUUACAGAACUGACUGAUGAACCGACAUGGAUAGUUGAUCCUCUUGAUGGAACAACCAACUUUGUCCAUGGGUUUCCCUUCGUGUGCAUUUCUAUUGGUCUUACAAUUGGAAAAGUUCCUACAGUAGGUGUUGUUUACAACCCAAUAAUGGAAGAGCUUUUUACAGGCGUCCAUGGAAAAGGUGCAUUUCUGAAUGGAAAACCCAUAAAAGUAUCAUCUCAAAGUGAGCUUGUGAAAUCUCUUCUUGCAACAGAGGCUGGAACAAAACGUGACAAGUCUACUGUGGAUGCCACUACGAACAUAAUUAACAGCUUACUUUUCAAGGUGAGAUCCCUUAGGAUGACUGGCUCCUGUGCAUUGAAUCUUUGCGGAAUUGCAUGUGGAAGGAUUGAUUUGUUUUACGAGACCGGAUAUGGAGGCCCAUGGGAUGUGGCAGGUGGUGCUGUGAUUGUCAAAGAAGCUGGAGGAAUCGUUUAUGACCCCCAUCUGGUAAAGAUUUUGACAUCACUUCUCAAAGAGUCGCAGCUUCAAACCCGCUUUUGAAGGAAGCAUUUGUUGAGGUUUUGCAGCAAUCAGAAUGAGACAAUUCAAUAUCCUUUGAUCUUAUAGACAGUAUCUAGUGAUGAGCUCAGUCGAUAUCAUCAUUAAGGCUUAAAGAAGCAUCUCUAACUGAGAGAGUGGCAACAUCAAUAAUGAUUCUUCCAAUAUGUUGUGGUUUUUAAACAAUGCCUACUUAUAUGUAUACUCUAAUUGAGAAGACAACUACCAUUGUUGAUCAUGCAGACCACCAUGUUACACAGAUUGUGUGGUUUAUAUGCCAGUUUAUCUACACUCCUCAUUGAGCAAGGAUCAUGCCUUGUUGAACCA